AUGGAAGAAAACACCAUAUGCAUCUUGCUCCUCAAUUUCAAGUCGACCUCAGUACCCUCGAGAUACCUUAGUCAAGACGACAAAAGCCAAAUUACUAUCGAACACCGACCUAAACUUGACCCCGCCCUUGACGAGAUCCUCAUUCGCACUCAUGCAUUAGCUGCCAACCCGCCUAAAAUCUCUUCGUCACUUCCUAUCCCAACUUCCUCGGCAGUGACUUUUCAGACACUAUCGAAUCCGUCGGUUCCUCUAUUACGAAAUUUGAAGUCGGAGAAAGAGUCACUAGAUUCGCUGCAGUUAUCUACAACGACAAAAUACAUCAUGGGGCUCGGCAUUAUGUAG